CAAAGUUACAAAUGCGCAAAAAACACAAAUCGUAAAAUUUAUUUUCAUUUUAACAUUGUUUUAGAUUAUUGAAGGCAGUCGGAAAAAAAGUGUGUUACAACUCCCCACGACAAGCGAUAAGGUCAGUUAAUAUGGUUAAUAUUUGGUUAAGUAAUAUUUAUACUGGAUUUUGGUCAUCAGGUUCGUCCUAAUAAAUGUAUAAAAUUCAAAUUCGAUAUUUCCAUGUACAAGAUCCAUUUGUGUAUUUGAUCAGCGAUGCAUCUCACCAUAGUUACUAUUAACUAUGAUCUCACCAAGCGGCAAGCGGUUUGUCUACCGAAACUAAGGGGCUGUUCAUACGAUCCCACUUACCGAGACGUCUUGCCUACCGAGACGAAUAUUUCCUUGCGUUCAUAUGGAUUAUUUCGUCCCGCUUGCCGAGAUGAAAUUACAAUGCAGUUCCGUAAUUAGCGUAUGCAAAACUUCUACAUUUCAGUCAAGCAAAACAAAUACUUAGCGAUUUUAGUGUUUUUCUUUGUUUAUUUACAAACAAAGUAUUGUUUUAGGUGCAUAUUUAAUACUAGUUUACAAAACAAACAUAAAACCAAGUAAAAAGUGUUAAAUUAAACCGGCAAGACUUGUUUGACUUUAUCCCGGUAAGCGGGCUGGCGUGUUCAUAUUUUCAUCCCGCCUACCUAUGAUCUCGGCAAGCGGGCCAGCUCGCUUUCUCAUAUGAACACAAUAGCUCAUCGGUAAGCGAGACGUCCCGGUAAGCGGGAUCAUAUGAACAGGCCCUAAUUACAAAACUUGUACACAGUCGGCAAGUACUUGUCGGCAGUUAGUUUCAGUAUAUACGAAAGACGCUAGCUUUUUAAAGCCCAUAAGCCGCAGGAAAGCAAUAUAUUUCAUUACUAGUUAAAUCAACAUUAAAUAAACAAUUGCAAAUAUAAUUACGCCGUUUGCGAUUGGGGGAUUAACUUCGGUUUGUUUUUCUUCAUAGCGCAGUAGUUAAGAAACAUAAGCUCACAAUGUGUAAACUUUCUAAAAAAUUUAAUGUCACUAUGUAGGAUUAGAGAAUUUGAUUAAUUGAACUAACUCGUGCGAAAUGAAGGCGAUUUACCGGGCAAGUCGGCACAUGACUCGAAUCUCGCCUCAUUGAGAUCUGCAUGGUCUUUAUUAACGCAUGUAAAAUUCAACUUCUGUUCAUAUCAGAAACAAGCCAGCCCAGCUAAGCGAGAUCUCGUUUCGCGCUAGGUGCAUCGCAGUCAAGUGAAAUAAGAAGGCCUUAUCCCAUCUGACCAGGGUGGACAUUUUUUGCUGAUUUUGACCUAGAAUAUGGUACUGAACGGCAGGAAGGAAUUGAACCUACGGCCCUGCGAUUCCGGUGCAUGCAGCGCUCUAACCAACUGAGCUACAGAGGCCAGUUGACGAGCUCUAACCACAAGUUCAUGUAUAUAUAUACUAAGAUGAUUCCAAUGUAUAAGGCGUAUGGGUAAAUAUCUGAUGGAUGUAUAAAAUUUAACUAGAAAGCCCAAAAUCAUGAUAUAUAGCAUUUCGAAGCAAUAUCAUAUCGGAUUAAAAAAGCUGGCAUCGUAGCCAAAAUCCACCAGUUCGGCUGUAGUAAAUGUAGAUGCGAGCUAGUUAAUUACACGCAUCAUUAAGCAUUUAAUUAGGUGCGUUGACAUUGGGAGGUUGAAUAAUUUUACUUCAACGGCGAACUUCAAAGAGGUCUUUAGAAGUCGGCUAUAUAUAAGAAAAAAAUCACAGUUUGCAAUUCAAAUUGAUAGAGACUCGAGGUGUUUACGCGGGAUUUGAGUACACAAAAAACGCUGUGGUCAUUCUCACCUAAGGUGGAGGUUUACUGUAUAUUUACUCUGUUUGCGCUGUGGUUUGUACCUAAACUGGCUACAAGUCGAUGAAGUAUAUGGUUUAGUGAGAUUUUGGUAUGUAUAUGUUUAAAUCUAGAAUAAUAUAUGCUUAUAUAUUGCAGUGAUGCUUGGCUUUAUGCCGGCAUAGCAGAGAUAAAUUUAUAUUUACCGUCAAAAUUCAACGAUUUUGCCUUCGAGUUUGGAUAUCUAGCACAUAUAUAUAACAUAUACGAACAUAGAACCGAGCGAAUUUGCCUACGGAUGGCGGAAAAAACCGGCACGGCCAGGUUCUAGAAUAUGCCGGGCACAAUUUCACGCACGGUAAAUAUUUCAGAACCCAUCGUGUGCAACAAUGCUAUAUAUCAUUUUAAAGCUUAUAAGAUGCUCAAACGGGACCGUCAUGAUUAAAUUUUAGAUGUAGGUGUACAUAAUUUGAAAAUUGUUUUGAAAAAAAAUGGCUGGCGAGGCGUCAUUAAAUUCUAUCUGCUCUGAACCUAUCAAUCGUUGGGAUGUAAUCUUUGCUUUUGUGCAGUGAUGUGCAAAAUUAGGAAAUCAGGAGGGAAAGUGAGAUAGUCUGAAGCCUGGUUUAAGUUUCUGUGAUCACAGUAGGAAUUUUGCAUAGGUAAAUUCGAAAUGUUUAACACUGAGUCGAUUCCUUCAAACGUUUCUGACAAAUCCUUCUAAACUUAGAAUUUACCAAUGCAAAAUUCCUAUACUGUGAUCACAGAAACUUUGAUAGUGUAUAAAGCCAACAUAAUUCAACGCAUGCAAAACGGUAAAAUCAUAUUAUAAGCUUGAAUUCUUCCCUGCCAAAGACGUAAAUUAUUUUGGCCAGUGAUACGGUGUCACGGCCAAGAAACCCUUGAUAAUUGACAGAAUGCGACAUUUAACGUGUCUGCGAUAUCUCAAAAAUCAAUCUCCCUGCCAAGGUCAAAAUGUGACCAGUCACUAUGUGAAGGACUUGAAAAAUUUGAGCGGUCAUAUUAAAAACCUGACCGGUCAUUAAUUGUCCGGUGAUCACCCGCUAUUUUGAGCUCUGCCCAUUGAACGCCAUGUAUGUAUACAUAUAAAACACGCAAGGAGCUCGAACAUCAAACAAUUAAUCAUUUUGGGGAAUUUCAAGAAAAGUUUGAUAAUCCAAUUUGUGUUCAUACCAUAGGGCUUCACAUUAGGUUUUAUAUGGCAAGUUCUAUUUUUCAAUAGGUGUGCGGCAAUUUUGUAUGAAAAAUGCCUCUAAGCUGCACAGACGAGUAAAUAAACUUUUCAUUGAAAACUCGCUCGUUUGUACGUUCAUUCCAAGCGCAAUACAUGAUUGAUAUAUUUGGAUUUGUUUGAAAUAUCAGCAAGCUCUUUUUUAUAUAUAUAAUAUUUCAGAUAGGAUUAUACUUGGUUUUCAAUCUAUAUUCGGUAACACAAUGGCAAAAAGUAGGCCCUUCACAGCCAGACGUUAAUUGUACACUUAUGUUGUGAUUAUUUCUGUGAUAUUGGCUCAUUCUAAAGUGUUAUUCGGAUAAACAGGAAACUAUACCCAAUCCCAAAAUCUAUAUUUUAUCAUGGCGAAGAAUUAAAUCGUCAGAGCAAGGCAUUAUUUGCAUGUAUUUCAGUGGGGUUUUUUUCGCAGAAAAGAAUCCGCGUGGGGGUAUAUUUUCCUCGCCGCGUAUAUAACGUUAUCCGCUGGCUGUAUCCGUUAUCCGCGUUUUAUGUAAUCGUACGUUUAGCAUACACCUAACAGUGAAAUAAAGAAGUUACUAGAAGCUAGAAUAAAAACAAACUGAUUUGUUAACCUUCUUGACCAAGCACAACAAAUUCAAGUGGCGUAAAAAGUUCUCUGUGAAUGUUAAAAAUAGAACUCGAACCGUCCUGACCGCGUAGCUCAGGCCCUGUUUACACUAUACCGGAUUCGCUGGUCACGACAUCUUCUUUUGCCGUUACGGAGCAAUGGUUAGUAGCAAAUGCUUAUUAGUUUAACAGAAUUGGCAUGUUUAUUUGGGUUUCUGAGAUUAAAAAUCUUCACAGUCUUUCAAUACCUACAAAAUUUGACCCACUCCGAUAGCAAUCCGGUAUAGUGUAAACGGGGCCUCAGUUGGCAGAGCAUUGGGCUAGUAUUCCAAAGGUCGUAGGUUCGAUUCCCACCGUGGCCAGGCAUAUUUUUCAAGCCUGCCCGGUGUGGAUAUACACUCAGAGUAACAUCACAAGCAUAAUAUAAUUGAUGUUUUUCAAGUGAAGUCCAGAGCAGACAAGUAGAAAACUACUUGAUCAUGGGGAAUUGUAAUAAGAUAUAUUGCGCGAUGUUCUCCAAGUAAAGUCCAUAUCAGACAAGUAGAAAACUAGCUCCUUGAUCAUGGUUGGAUUUGUACUCAGGUAGAUAUUGGGUGACGUUCUCCAAGUGAUAUCCACAUCAGACAAGCAGAAAAUUUCAGUUUGGUCUUGUUAUCAAACAUCCCCCCCCCCCCUGACUAGUUUCAAACAUAUCAGGAAAUAUCAUUGACUUGGUUAAUCGCAAAGGGGGAAACAGGGGGAAAGAAUUAAUUGUUUAGAAGAGAAAGCGCGCAAUAACAAGAGGAAACGGCUCUUUAAAAAUUACCAUAUAUAAAUAGUGUCCCCACAUAGACACGUCUUUCACACAUUUAAAACCACUUCAAUGCGUUUCUCCAUGGUUCAAAGAUGGAUUUAUUUUGAUGUUAUCUCGAUCGUAAGUUGUUCAUUUGCUUUACCUUUCUGCGUUUUAAGUCGUCGUAAACGACGGCAAAUUCAUUUAUAAGCAAAUUAAGCUAGGUAUAUCGUAUCUGAAUGCCAUUUAUUUGCCUCCAAAACAUAUCAUGGAAGAAUUCAAAUUAUUUUCUCGCUCUGAUAUAACUGCAUAAAACACUCGUAAAGAUCUCACAGCCUGUCAACAAGACGUGUUCGCAAUGCUUGUUCCCAGUUGUUGACAAGUCUGGAACAAGUUGUUAUCAUCUUGUAACAAGGUUGACGAGGCCAACACACUCGCAACAAGUUGUUCCAACAAGUCUGAUAUCGUCUGCACGUAACAAGUUGUUAACAAGUUGAUGACAACAAGCUCGUGGCAACUUGUUACGAACAGCCUGCAUUAGUCUUGUUGGAACAACUUGUAGCAAGUCUGUUACCGUCAUCAACCUUGUAACAAGAUGAUAACAACUUGUUCCAGACUUGUCACAACAACUGGGAACAAGCAGUGCGAACACAUCCUGAUAUCGGCUUCACAACAAUCUGUAAUAACUUGUGCGUUUUUACGUGUGUAAAAUUUUUAUUUUUCGAUUCGUUUCUCAAUCGGCAAACAAACUUAAAAAGUAUGUUUAGUGCUUUAUCUGUAAAAUAAUGCUAAAAUGAAGAGAUUUUAGAUGUACGCCAAAGAGAGAAUGAUGUCUGAAGUUCAGUAAGUUUUGCUUAUAUGGCUGUAAAUAUGGCGUCAAUUUUAAAGCAUCAUUUAUAAUUGUAGUUCAAUUGACAAUUUUUUCCCUAUUAUUUUACGUUUUUCAAUGGGCAAAUGCAUUAAAAAGGUAGCUAACUGUAUAAACUAGAGAAUAAAGCUAAAACAAAACAAUUUUGAGAGGUAUACACCAAAACAAUUUUUGGUUUUGAACACUUCAUCGCACGUAGAGAAAGAAUUGCCUCUUGGUUUUCUCGGAAGAGAACACUUGUUCUCCGGAAAACGCAGGAAUAUAUUGGACAAAGAUUCUUAAUAUGAUUGUGAUUGGCAGUAUUCAUUUUGAGAGGAAAAUUUUUUUUUAGUCUCGCAUUCAGAGGAAAAUUCCGAGUCUCUGAAGAGGGAUUAUAGCCCGGGACUGCAGAGAUAUUCUGGAGGAUUCUAUAAACUUGCAAUUCUGAUUGAUGCUGUAUUCGUUCUGAAGAACGUCAAAAAAGUCUGAGCAAUUUAAUUGUCUCGAAUUUUUUAAUCAGAAUAAUUGUCUGGGCAAUUGGACUAGAAAACCUACAAAAUUGUCAAAAAUGUAAAGUAUUUCAAUUUUAUUAAGAAUGAUGCUUGUGAUGUUACUCUGAGUGUAUAUCCACACCGGGCAAGCUUGAAAAAUAUGCCUGACCACGGUGGGAAUCGAACCUACGACCUUUGGAAUACUAGCCCAAUGCUCUGCCAACUGAGCUACGCGGUCUGGUCGGUUCGAGUAUUAUUUAGUUAUUUAGAUAACAUUGAUAUCGAAGGAACUAGAUUCUGUUCCGAAAUAUCACAUACUCGAACCGACCAGACCGCGUAGUUCAGUUGGUAGAGCAUUGGGCUAGUAUUCCAAAGGUCGCAGGUUCAAUUCCCACCGUGGUCAGGCAUAUUUUUCAAGCUUGCCCGGCGUGGAUAUACAAUCAGAGUAACAUCACAAGCAUCAUAUUCACCUGAGUAUAUACACAAACACCGAAAAAUUCAUGUAUUAAGAAUAUUUCGUUACUACUCGCGUCCAAAAUCACUGUCUGUCAGAGUUGAAACGUCGGGUUAAGUGCGUCAUUGGAGUGUAAUUCUCAUUAUUUCCGUCGUCUCCAGUGCUUCGUAGCGAACGACGGAAGUGUAUCAAGAUGAGAUUAAACAAAUCUUUCCUAUUUAUCAGUCUCGAAGUACAAGAUUACUUCAUAUAAUGAAAAGAAUGAACAUUAUUCUCUCACUCUGAUAACUGCAGGUCGAACACCAUCUAGUGCACGAUAGUACUUUGUAAACCAGCUGUAUAAAAUGUUUCGAUGCGAAUCGACGCCAGUUAAACGAGGAUUUGAGUUCAUGUGAGAGAUGUCACGCAUUGUUGCAGGGGGCAUUUCAAGCUCUAGACUAACGAAAAGGUUUGAUGUGUGUUCCAAGUAGGAAUGUUCGGUAUGAGAAAUUUCCGAUAUCGGUAUACCGAAAAAAUUAUACCGAUAUUAUCGGUAUACCGGUUUACCUUUGAUAAUUAUAAAGGAAAAUUCUUUAAUGGGAAUUCGAUGGAAAUUUUGAGUAACUCUAAAAGGGAAAACGAUAAUUAUGAAGCUGUUUCGAAAUCUAAAUCAUUUCAGUAGAAAGUUCUUUGAAUUGCCAUUCAGUAGUAAAAUAAAGGUUAUGGUUUUGCCAUAUAGUUGGUAAAUGUAAUACGGUAUACCGAAAAAUUCCGGUAUAUCGGAAAUUUCUGUAUAUCGGUAUGGCUGAAUAUCCGGUAUCGAUAUACCGAUAUUGAUUUAAUACCGAUAUUUUCGGUAUAUCGGUAUACUAAGCUAAAUUACGAAGGAUGCAGCUCAACCUGAUCCAGUCGAAGGCUUUCUAAGGGCGCUUUUCGAAGGCUUUCAUCAACAACGCUUUGAUCUGUGAAACAAUGUAAUUUUUUCUAUCUUUCUUUCAGACAUGAGCAACCAAGAGAAACAGGGGAAAUCAAAAGGCGUACUAUUACGUCGCUCUAAACAACAGCCAGAUGGCAAGGCUAUCCAAGGGCUCGUCUUCGACCACCCUUCGAUGCCGAAAAUCGUCACCAUCUCAUCUGCUCCUCGGACGAAAUCGUCGAGUGGAAAUAACCCCACCGUGCAUCGGGCUCGUAGGGAACACAACCCCACCGGGGGGAAAUCCCUUACCGGAGAAAACCCCCCUACCGGAGAAAAAUCCCCUGCCGGGGGAAAACACCCCACCGCGCAUCGUCCUCAUGAACAAUAUGAAACCGGACAUUUUACCCGUCAACAUGCCGCUAGGCAUUCUGCAGCACAACCAGCGACCACCGUACAUUACACCCCGGCUCAAUACCCCACCGUAUAUCGAACCUCGGCACAAAACCUCUCCAGUUCAUCGCCCCCAGCCUUGAUCCGUACGCCAAGUCAAUAUUCGACCCAAACUCCCGCCAGUGUUAGGCAGUUUCACGCAGCUAACGCCGAACGCGUUUUAGACGGUUCACGAGCCGAAAUCGCAACACAAAGUGGAAAAUCACAAAUUCGCUUUCCGUCCUAUUACCGAAGUGGUCCUUUGCCUUCCACGCUAUCUGCGGCACAGAACACGCAAUUUCAAUACGCUCAGCACGAACCGAAUUCACCACGCACGCAAGAAACAACGUUAAGGCGAAACUCGACCGGGGCACUUCGACACCAUUUGCAAAAGAGAGCGCAACUGCGCGAAAACAUCGUACAACAUUCGCACAACAUUCCAAACAUCGUACAACAUUCGCACAAUAAUCCAAACAUCGCACAACAUUCGCACAACAAUCCGCAAGACUCGAUAGAGUUGGGUACAGAUGAGUUUUCUCGUGAUUUUCAUCUGCACGUUUGGCGUGAAAGUCACGAACGGGCCAUAAACGAGUGGAAUCCACCCAUGCCACCCAUACGCAGGCUAGAUCAGCCUACACGCGGGCUAGAUCCACCUGUACGCAGGUUAGAUCAUCCUGUGCAUUUGCCACUGACCUCUGGUCAUAAUGUGGAUGGAACUAUGCCCCGUUAUCGGUCUUUGUCGACCAGUGCUGGCUUCCCAGGGGAAAGGGGGGACCACUUGUCCCAUCAGCGACCUAACCCGCAACCUAGGGCUUCCCCUGUCCCUUCAAACCUCCCCCCUGGACAAUAUGGAAAUACACGAUCUCCUAGAGAAAUGCGGAGAUAUAGUACCGGACACGUGGAGUUAGCAUAUUCCGAGGUUUGCACUACCGAACCCCAAAACUCCCCCGAAGAAUGGACUUACGAAGAUCAUAGCCCUAGGGUACGAAGUGCCGAGGGUACGAAUGCCCGAGUACCAAGUGCCGGGAGUAUAAGAAGAUCGAGCAACAUCACGGAUGAGUAUAUCCCGGUAGUACCAAAUGCCGAGGGUCGUAAUUCGCAUAUAGUAAAUUCCGGUCACCUAAGAAGUUCAUCCAGUAAUAGUAUCGAGGACUAUAACCCGGUAGUACGAAAUGCCGAGGGUCGAAAUUCGCAGAUAGUAAAUUCCGGUCACCUGAGAAGCUCAUCCAGUAAUAGUAUCGAGGACUAUAACCUGGUAGUACGAAAUGCCGAGGGUCGAAAUUCGCAGAUAGUAAAUUCCGGUCACCUGAGAAGCUCAUCCAGUAAUAGCAUUGAGGACUAUAACCCGGUAGUACGAAAUGCCGAGGGGAGAAAUCUCGAAGUACUAAAUGCCGGUAACAUAAGAACGCCCAGUAAUACUAGCGAGGAUUAUAAUCCGGUAGUACGAAAUGCCGAGGGGAGAAAUCUCGAAGUAUCAAGUGCGGAUAACAUAAGAAAAUCAAGUGUUUCCAAUGAAAGUGAAGCUCAGGCAAACGUUCAACGACGUCGUCGAAGACGAACCAGACAACAAAAUCCACCGACAGUUGUGGUCAUUUCCGAUUCGGACGAUGAAGAAAUGAGAAUUCUUACUCCUCUUUCGAAUGACGAAUUUGACCAAGAUGUCUUCACGGUUGAACCCAAUAACCAAGCAGGCCAACCCUACCCUGUUGUACGAGAGAGCUUGGGUUCACCGCAUAGCAGCGAAAGCGAGGAGGCUUGUAUUAUCACGAAAGUAAAAGCACCGGGCAAGAAGAGUAGCCGUGAGUUACAAAAAUUGAACGGGUCGAGUGAGACUGGACAGGAGUCACGUGCGUACGACGUCAACAAUAAUGAAAGUAGAGAGGGGGUGGGAACAAGUGGCGAACAGUGUCGAGAGGGCAUGGGAAUGAGUUCUGAGCAAAGUCGAGAGGGAGUGGAGGCAAGUUACAGGUCUGUGUUAUACGAGCGGGAAAUCACAGGACAGACAGGUACACAGAGGGUCAUUAUGAGUGAACAGUUGUUUGUCAAUAAUAGGGGAACUAAACGACCUUUGGAGGAUAAAAGACAGUAUUUUGUAGCCGGGUCUGCAGAAAUUGCUGGAUCUUCCUUGGAUUGCGCCGCCAGGAAAAUUCGUCGCGUUUCAUGUAAUGAACUAGACAGUAGAAAUGCUCACACAAGAUCGAGUACUGAUUUAACAGUGGAUUUUAAGACUUGUCGCCAAUCUUCACAAAAUAAGCACGGUCCAGGACUCAAGCUCACGAGAAGCCACGACGAUAUGCCGACGUUGGUACGAUCUCGUUCGGAAAAUGACGAGCAGAUUAGCAAGCCAAAAUGGAAAAGCGAACGUUCUACUAGUCUAACAUAUGACAUUAGCACGUUUUCAAAGCAAGAAGAAAAUACAGAGAAUUGUAUUAUCAAGCCAGGAGUUGAACUGAUAGAAAGUCGCAAACUUUCAGCAAAAACUGCAAGCGAGAUGAAACCGCAUUGCAACGUAUGUUUCGACAGACGUGUUAUCCGUGUGUCUGAGCUGCUACCAGAGGCGAGUGGUUUAGUGUCACGUGACGAAAUUCAAUGUCGCAAUUGUGACCGCGUUCUGAACGAGUGUGAUAGUCCUGGGAACGACAUUGCUCAUACUGUUGUGAAUUUCCCCAAAUCCGGUCCAAAACCGACUGGAAUUGUGGUUGGCAUAAAACAGGCUCCGGAAGUAGAACCGCUGGAAUCUAAGACUGCGGCCUUAGAAAAAGAAUUGAAGCAACUGCUAGAAUGUAAGAAACCCGCAAAGAAUUCUGGUAUAACCUACGUCAUACACGAAGAUGAUGACGUCAUGUAUAAAGAUAAGACAUUGAGUAAGGUCAGCGAUGAUUUAGAUGUACUUCAUUUCAGUGUGGUUAAAAGGGAUUCUGAUGUCACGUGGACAAAUUCGAAAGAUCACGUGAAGAACACAACAAGUUCACGUGAUCAAGUGCAUUCGUCGCAACAGUGGGAAGCGUAUUCGCUAAAACUCGAGCAAGAACAAAUGGCUAAACACAGUUGUGGUAGAAAAGAAAGCAACGUUUUUAAUAUCAAACGAAAUUCCUGGGAAGAAUUAAAGGAAAAGUUCGCGAGUGUGGGAAAACGCGAUCGCGUGUCGUGCUCUGACGCGACUCGAAAGCGUGCACAUUCCGGUGAAAACGUGUUGGAUACUUUGUGCCGCAAAUCGUACAGAUUUCACGAUGCGACCAAGAAACUACAUGAUGAAUAUAAACAACGGAAAUUGUCUGAAGAAAGCGUAACGGUUAAUUCUUCUGACAAAGUGAGUGAGCUUUUGGACAGCCGCGAUACUUGUGAAAAUGAUGGAACACAAAACACAGACAUUCAAAAUGAAGCCAUAACUCCUAGUUCUUAUUCUUGCACCAACGUUGCCAAGAUCCAGGAGUUUAGUCCCGCGGAAGACAAACUCUACGAGAUUCGACUCUCGGAAGAAAAACCCUUCGAAGUAAAUACCCGGGAAAAACACCCCUACGACAUUCGACCCUCGGACAUAAACCCCUCCUUAAUUGAACCCACAUCACCGGGUAAAGAACCCCAAGCUGCAAGAAGCCCUCAAAAAGAAGAGCUUUCUUUGCAAGAAUGGACAGAAAUAUUACAAGGGAGAAUUUCUCAAGUCAGGGAAAGCAUCGAGGAAGAAAGAACUCCGUGGAAAACGAAAAAUAAGAAAAAAGUUCUGGAAAAACUCGAGAAUCAUUUCACGUGGAUAACGGGACCGGAUGUGGACGAAGCCAUUUUCGUUUCGCGAAAGUUGCAGUUUUUUCAAACCAUGAGGAAACAAUAUGAGCUGAUGAAUAAGAUUAAAGCUCAAAGACACACUAUGAAAUUCUCGGACGGCCCAGCACCGGUUCUGGAAAAUGUGGAGAAACCCAAGGCAAAAUCUGCCAAAGAAGUGGUGGUUUGCAAAAAGACGAAGGAUGUCAAGAAAACUGCCAAAUGUAAGCCUAAAAGGUAAGCAUGCUGACUCGUCACGUGAUUUGAUACGACGAAAAGAACCACUAUUUUUUAUGUCAGGCUGAAGUGGUUCUUAUACAGGGUGUAUAAAAAAAAAACGAGACCUUUAGAAAGCUAUUGUUGGGAAGCACAAGAUUUUAACGCGUUAAAUUAAUCAGCACAUAAUUCACAUGUCGGACGAAACCAAAUUAAAGUUGUUAAAUAAAUUCGCCAUGCAUAAAAUUCACUUCUAUUCUGGAUUCAGCAUAGUACUGUGCAUUCGAAUCUCAAUAAUAGCUUGAUUUCUAGAGGUCUGGGUUUUUUUAUAUAUAACACUUGAAUUCACAUGCAAUAUUGACUGCGCUAUUGAUUUGAGAAUGUUGAACCACUGUUUUUGAAAAUGCCAAAAAUUAGCAUAAAACAAGCUUAUAAUUACCGAUGUAGUUAUACUUGUUAAGUAAUAAAUAUUUUUAUUUUGCCGGUAUCUCGCUCAAUAUUGCAUGGGAAUUCAAGUGUUAUAUAUCAAAAUCUAAGUUAGUCCUUUCUGAAUCCAAUGAUCUUUAUUUCAUUGCGAUAGCUUUUAUACCUUUUACGUUACAUGAAAUCAACCAGUGUCCAGUUUUUUGGGGGACACCAGGUAGGUACUUAGGUAGGUAGGUGGUGAUAAAUGAACUCAGAUUUUCCGCUUUUCCCUCUAGUGUGAAAAACAGCCAAGGUGGUAUGAUGAAAAAGAUAAGAAAAGCAGUCCUUUCCUAAAUUAUAACCGAGUCAAGGACGCGCAUCUUUUUUAAAAGGACGAGAAUAAUUCGCAAAAUUAAUAUUGAUUGUUAUGUUGAGAUUUUGUUGUGUUUGCAGAAGUUAUUUAAUAAUACAAUGAGGAAAUUGUAAAUAUUUAAAAGACUAUUUAAAUGUUUGAGAAUUUUUUGUACAUAAAAGCCGUGAAAUUUUGGUAGUUUUUAUAAAUCAUCGAUCACCGAAUAAUUUGUAACAAUAGAAACACUUGGCUAAUGUCUGUUUUUACACAAUUCAGAAUAGAACAAAGGUAGCUGGGCUUCAGAUUUAUCCACAUUUGUGAAUAACUCUUAUACAUAAUUUUAAAGCUUAGUUAACUUUGUUCUAUAUUCUAUGCUUAUGUCAACUAGAACACUUGUAGUUAACUAGGCAUGCGAGUUGUGAAUUUGCCGUACGUAAUUGUGAAUUUGAACUCAAGUUGUGAAUUUGCCGUAGUUAUGAAAGCAUAGAAUGGAAUAAAGAUGUCAAAGCGUUAGAAUUACCAAUACGAGUGAAUAAAAUUUCAGCCACUUAA